GCAGAACUUAAGGGGACCACCUGAAGUGAAGUGUUCUCACCGUGAAGUGGCUUUGAUUCUCAGUAAUUAUAAAUGUAUACACUAUUUACUGAUGAUAGGGAGUUCCUCUCAUAGAGAUGUUCCAGCUACAAGGUAUACGAUCAUGCUUCUCUCCGUUUUUCGGAGUUUGCAGUUUACACAUUUAAGUACACAUUUGGUUUUCGGUGAUAUAGUCAUCAACUCAUGGUAUGGACUUCGCUGGCUCCUUAGUUUAUACUGCGUUCAUGGGUCGCAACAAGUGACUUCAGGCUUUGUUCAGUGUGCAUGGCUGAGAGCUUAAGCCGAUAGUAUGGGAAGCAAGGCAAAUCGUAAGACAAGUGAAUUAGAGUUUCUUGUUUAGAACUUGUGGUUUACAUGACUGGAGCGUUGUGUUUGACUUCCAUUUAGAGGUAUGUGGGAGAAACAGCAGGUGAAUCUAGGCUGACGACUUAUGCGGUAUCAGCAGUUUUUUUCUCCUCAAUGGAGCAGAUUAAAAAACUUGCAGUUCAAACAAUGCAUCUAAGUUUCGCGUUCAUCAACACUCAGAAAAUGACAUGCACUCGAUCAAAACUUGAAAUUUGUAUGGUGUCGCCACAUUCGACGCUGAAGUAACAAAUUCUAUGCAUUUUAGAUUUAUCAGAUUACUAUAGACUGUUUCUAAUCCCAGUUUCGUUUCCUUUGUGUCUGACAGACUUCUGCAGUCCUGUUGAUCAAAGCAUUGUCUCACGAGACUCUAAUUUCGGUGUCUUUAGAAGACAAAGCCUGGCCACAAUCUGCUUCUAAAUUUUAAAAGUCUAGAAUUUCCAUUUGAAAUCGUUCAAUAUCUUGACUUUUCCUUUUUCAAUAUCUAGUUAUAGAUGAAGACGCUAAUAAUCCCUAGUGGAUCAACUGUUGAAAAUGAACAGUUGUAAGCUUACUUUAAUUUCAUACAUGUAUACCAUUGAAAAAACUUGACACAAAUUAUGGUGUCCAUGAAAGAACAGUGAAAGAUAAUUCCAAAUUC